AUGAGUUAUUGGGAUGAAUGGAACAGGGAACAAGCUGAUGAGAAACCAGAUUCCACUCCCAAUGUUGAUGUUUGCCAGGAUGGAGGUGGAAGUCUAAGUCAGCAGGUGGCUGCCAUUGCUUUGGAGGAGCCAAUACCAAGGUCCAGAGGGAGUCGUGGAUCCUACAUCGUCAUUUACGUCCUGGCUCGAGGUUUGAGUGGAGGUCAAACCGAGCAGGUGGUACGUACACUGACAACAGAGCUCGAGGUUCGUGACCCGCUGACAGAUUGGCGGCCGUUUACUCGCAAAUGGAGCAGCCAGCGCCUUCUGAGCCGUUCCACGUCCUUUAUGGGUGGAUCCACGAAUCCUCGGGUCAACCGAGCUCUGGAGGAGUCGUCCAGCCGCAGACUCUUGGCAGGCUCAAAAGCUUAG